AUGAUACCAUUAUCAGAGUCGGUCUCAGAACCUAAGACCAUUGAAGAUAACUCUACCACUAAUGAUACAAAGUUGGAAAAUGUACCUGAAGAUACUGAAACAAAGUCUGAAAGCAGUGAUGAAUUUUUUCACUCAGAUGAAGGAUCCCUUUAUGAACCAGACCAAACAAUUGAUCCAACAGAAUUAACACGAAAUAUAACAACAAGAUCAAAAUUAAGAAUGGCUAUAAUGCAGGCUAAUACGUAUAUAUGUGCAAAUAAAAUUUCAGAAUUUGAGUAUGUUCCAGAAACCUACUCUGCAGCAAUAUCUUUAAACAAUGUGAAUGCAAAGAAGUGGAAACAGUCAAUUGAAGAUGAGUUGAGAGCACAUGAAGAAAAUAAAACUUGGAGUCUAAUAGAAAAACCAAAGGGAGUACGAUUAAUUGACUGUAAAUGGGUCUUUAGAAUAAAAGAUGAUCCAUCUGGUCCAGUCUUUAAAUCAAGACUCUGUGCCAAGGGAUGUGGACAAAAACGAGGCAUUGACUACACCGAAGUUUACUCUCCUACAGUAAGAUAUGAUUCAAUCAGAGUUUUACUUUCAGAAGCUGUUCAACAUGGGUUAGAAAUUUCCCAGUUUGAUGUGAAAACUGCAUUUCUGUAUGGAGAUGUAAAGGAAGAUAUAUACAUGAAGCCACCCGAAGGUUUGAAAGUUGAAUCGAAUCAGGUUUGUAAACUUUAUCGUUCACUCUAUGGAUUAAAACAAUCACCAAGGUGCUGGAAUCAAAAAUUUGACAGUCUACUAAAGAAAUAUGGCUUUAUUAAUAGUCAUGCAGAUAGAUGUGUUUACAUUGGGAAUAUAAACAACAAUAAAGUUUACUUGCUACUGUAUGUCGAUGAUGGGCUUCUUAUGUCUGGUUCAAAAGACUCAUUAAAUAAAGUAAUUUUUGAAUUAAAAGAAAAUUUUAAAAUUAAACAGUGUGAACUAAAGAAUUUUGUAGGAUUACAAAUAGAAAAAUUAGAGAAGUAUAUUUUCAUCCACCAAUCAAAAUAUAUUGAACGGUUAUUGUGUAAAUUCAAUAUGCAAGAUGCUAACUGCAAUAAAAUUCCAGUCGAUCCUCAUACUACUCUGGAGAUGGGAACUGAGGCUUCAGACAAGAAUAUUCCAUACAGAGAGGCUGUGGGGUCACUAAUGCACCUGGCUGUGGAAAGCAGACCUGAUAUCAUGUAUGGAGUCAGUCUGGUGAGUAGAUAUCUGAAUUGUUAUGAUCAAACUCAUUGGAAUGUUGUUAAGAAAAUACUGAGAUACUUAAAACGAACAAAAGACUAUGGUUUAUGUUAUUUACCUUCAAAGAGUAACCUUGAAGCUUAUAGUGAUGCAGAUUAUGCGAAAGAUACAAGCACACGCAGGUCUUUAACUGGAUAUGUAUUUAUGAAAAAUGAAGCUGCUGUAACUUGGGCAACACAACGUCAACAUAGUGUAGCAUUAUCUACUACUGAAGCAGAGUUCAUGGCCGCAUGCUCUGCGACAAAAGAGGCUAUAUGGUUAAAGAGAUUGUUAAUGGACAUUAAUGAAUUUAAUCAGAAUUCAAUCUGUUUAAACAUUGAUAAUAAAAGUGCAAUUUGUUUAAUUAAAAAUGUAAACUACCACAAAAGAUGUAAACAUAUAGAUAUAAGAUAUAACUUUAUAAAAGAAAAAUAUUUAGAGAAACAAAUAGAUCUUAAUUAUGUGAGCACUAAAGAGCAAUAUGCUGAUAUAUUUACUAAAGCUUUAUCAAAAGAUAAAUUUCAAUAUCUUAGAAGUAAAAUCGGUGUAAAGCAAUUAUAA